AUGGCCCCGAAACGUGUCCGGUUUAAGGAGGACGAGGUGCGGGUGCAAAACCUGCACGAGCUGUCACCAGACUCGGUGUACGCGGCGGUUCUGCUCGUGCUCGGGUGUGGCCUGCUGGCGGGUUAUCUGUCCACCCGGCUGCCCGCCGCCCUCACCGUGGCCGACUUGGAGCGCACGCCGAGCGCGUUCAUUGCCGAGCGGGCGUGGGCGAGUUUGAAGACGCUGAACGACAUCGGACCGAAGCCGGUGGGAAGUCAGGCGAACGAGGUGAUGGCCCACGAGUUUCUGCUGAAGGAACUGGAUGGGAUCGUUGCCUCGGCGCACGCCAACCAGCGGAUCGCGUUGGACCGGCAGACGGUGAGCGGCGCGUUCAGUACCUCGCUGCUAAACACGUCGUUGACGAGCGUCUACAGGAAUGUGCAGAACGUGGUGGUGCGUUUGACGGGCGAGGAAGGAGAUAAAGCGGCGCUGCUGGUCAACUGUCACUUUGACACGGUCGCAAGCAGUCCCGGAGCGAGCGAUGAUGCGGCCAGCUGUGCGGUGAUGCUGGAGGUGUUGCGCGUUCUUUCGCGUCGUCCCGAGCGCACCAGACAUCCGGUCGUGUUCCUAUUCAACGGUGCCGAAGAGACGAUGCUACAGGCGGCGCAUGGUUUCAUCACCCAACACCCUUGGGCGGACGAUGUGCGCGCCUUUCUUAACCUCGAAUCGUCCGGCUCGGGUGGCAAGGAGGUGCUGUUCCAGGCGGGACCACACCACCCGUGGCUGAUCGAUUUGUAUGCCCGCGCCAUCCGACACCCGUUCGCGCAAACGGUCGGGGAGGAAAUCUUCCAGCUCGGGCUCAUCCCCUCCAACACGGAUUUUCGCAUUUUCCGCGACUACGGCGAAGUGCCCGGCAUGGACUUUGCCCACAUUGCCAACGGAUACCGGUACCACACGCGCUACGACUCGAUGGACUUCCUGUCGCUCGAGGUCCUGCAGCGCACCGGGGAUAACAUUCUCUCCCUAACGCGCGCCCUUGCCGACAGCGACGAGUUGGCGGCCGAGGACCGUUCCACCGGGGGGACGGUGUUCUUCGACUUCCUAGGCCUCACCUUUGUGCACUACAGCGUUGCCGAGGGUCGGAUCAUUAACGCAACCGUGGCACUGCUCGCCCUUAUUGUGCCCCUGAUAGGGUUUGCACGCGGACGACGUUCGGUUGCCUACCGGGAUUUCCUGCGAGAGGUUCUGUUCGGUCUGGUAGCUACGACUGUUGGUGCGAUCUUCAGCAUCAUUGCCUGCACCACCAUCGCGCGUCAGCUGGACUUUGUGGGGAAAACUAUGACCUGGUACACGAACACCUAUCUCAUACUGGGGCUCUACUGCUGUCCGGCCCUGUUGGCACACUGCUUCGUGUACAUGUUCCUCAACACCUUCUACAGCAACAGCAAGAGUGAGCUGACCCUUGGCCAGAUGACGCAGGCUAGACUGGGAGGUGUGAACAUUUUCUGGAGCAUCAUCGCACUCGCCUCCACCAUGGCCGGUUAUCGCAGCGGUUACAUUCCGAUGGUGCUGCUAGUAUUUUCGCUCGCGUCUUCCACCGUGAACGCCAUGCUAAACAUGGGCCGCACACGGCGCGGCUGGAUCACGGUCCAUCUGGUAUUUCAACUACCCGCGCUGCUCUGGUCCACCAACUUCUACCUUGUGCUGGUGCAACUGUUCGUCCCCAUCACGGGUCGAUUCGGGGGAGCGCGUAAUCCCGAAGUGUUUAUCUCGCUGCUGGCAGCGACCGGAACGCUGCUCUGUUGCAGCUUCCUGAUACCGUUUAUCGGCCAGCUACGCAGCACGAUGAACUUUACGGCGAAGCUGUCGGCGGUGACGGUUCUAACAAUCCUGGUGGCGUGCUUGAGCCCACUCGGUUUCCCAUAUCGGGACGAAAGUACCGGAUCGGCACCCACCCCUCAGCGGCAUUAUGUUACGCACACAUUCCGCGUGUUCCACGACGAAUGGGGACUGUACAAGAGCUCCGACUCGGGCUACAUGUUUGAGGAGAUGGACCGUAACACCCGGCAGACGAUCGAGGAGAUUGUGGCUCCAGGAGAAACCCUCACGCCGGUGCGACAGCUCGAGUCCUGUUCGAAGGAGCUUUUCUGUGCCGCACCAUUCUACUCGCUUUGGCAUCAGAUGCGGUUUAACAACUACUGGCUGCCUGGUCCCGAGCCAGCCUUCGACAACAUGGUCACGAUGGCGUAUCUCGGAACGGAGCAGCUAACCGAACACACGCAGCGGCUUACGUUCGCGAUGGACGCCAGCAUCCAGUCGUCCAUCAUAAUCGGCCCAAAGGAAGGGGUCCGGUUAAUUGGAUGGUCUCUGUUGGAUCAUGUUCCACCGCCGGCAAAGUAUGCUGGACGUGAGGGACACUUUGUUUUCAUCACGCACGGCCUUCCGGGACCCACCUGGAACGUGACGAUCGACGUACACCACGACGAACCGAAGGAUAACGGUCAGCUGAUGGACAUCGUGGUGACGACCAAGUUCUGGGAGUACCAUCACAUGCAUACGUCAGACUUCGAGGACUUACUAGCGCACUUUCCCCCAUGGGCACACGCCAUCCCCUCGGUGGCGGUAGUGAGCGUGUUUUCGCUCUAA